AGCUCUUGUAAGUUUCACUUUAAAUUUUAGACCUUGUGUUUCCUGCGUUUGGCCACUUGUGAAACCAUGUAGGCACCAUGGUUCUUUUUGAGCCUGUCAUGUGUAAACCGUACUGUGGAGUACCAUGGCAAACUGGGAGCGAAACAAAAGGAUCUUACUGGAGCUGGUGAAGCUGCCGGAGAACAGUCUGUGUGCAGACUGUGGAGCGCCUGGUGAGACCUAUCCAGACUGGGCAUCUUGCAAGUUGGGUUUAUUUGUGUGUCUGCACUGUUCUGGCAUCCACCGCAACCUGUCCAGCCGAGUAAAGUCCAUAAAGCUUGACUACUGGGAAGAUGAGCAUGUCGAGUUGAUGAAAUGCAGUGGAAAUGCCAAAGCCAGAGCUUUAUAUGAAAAAGCACUUCCUCCUUACUACUACCGACCACAGCAAACUGACUGCGUAGUCUUAAAAAUGCAAUGGAUUAGAGCCAAAUAUGAAAGGUUGGAGUUCACAGGAGAGACCAAGUAUCCACCUCCGUCUUAUACCACAGGCUUUUAUGAAGGGAUGCUGUGGAAGAAAGGAAAAGAGAACACACAGUUUCUGAAGAGGAAGUUUGUUCUUUCUGAGAGGGAAUUCACUCUGUCUUACUACAACAAGGAAAAUGAGUCCAAAGGUCCAAAAGCCAUCAUCUCAAUCAAGCACUUGAAUGUAACAUUUCAACCAGAGAAGAUUGGUCAUCCCCAUGGGAUGCAGAUUACUUACCUUGAUAAUGACCAUACCAGGAGCCUCUACGUAUAUCAUGAGAGUCCUGAGGAAAUAGUCACAUGGUACAACGCCCUACGUGCUGCUCGAUACGCAUACCUAAAAACCGCAUACCCAACUGGAACAGAAGCUGAUCUUUUACCGAAUAUAACACCAAACUACCUUAAAGAGGGUUACAUGGAAAAGACAGGGCCAUCGCAGAAGGAACCAUUCAAAAAGAGGUGGUUCAUUUUGGACUCUCAAAAUAGGAAGUUGCUCUACUUCAAGGGCCGUUUGGAUGCUGAGGAGUUGGGGGUCAUCUUCCUUGGCACAGAAAGCAACAGUUAUGCUGUUAAGGACUGUGUCCCAAACCACACCCGUGGAAACAAGUGGAAGUUCGGCCUCAUGGUGGAGACGCCCAAGCGGCAAUUUGUCUUCAUGUGCGAGCACGAGAGCGAGCAAAGAGAAUGGCUGGACUCCCUCAGACAGGUCAUAUCCAGGCCUAUGACACCACAGGAUUAUAACACUGAGGCCAAUAUCAGGAAUAAGCGAUGAAAACUGAAGCGUGUGACAGCUGAAUGAAAGCUGGAUUUGAGUUAUGCAGCAACAACAUCAGAAUUGUAACUUGCAUGGUUAACCACAUCAACUGUCUUUGCAUUCAUAAGGAAUCAAAUCACAUUGCACUGUGUCAAGAAAUGUACCCAUGAAAGUACUGUUACUGUUGAUAUAAUCGUAAUAUUAUACUUUAUUAGACACUGUAUUGCAGGGGUGUCAAACUCAUUUUUGUCACGGGCCACAUCGCAGUUAUGGUUCCACUCAGAGGGCCGUUAUGGCUGCAAACUCAUAUGAAUGUAUGAUUGCCUCAUAUUAUUAUCCAUCCAUCCAUUUUCUGAGCCGCUUCUCCUCACUAGGGUCGCGGGCGUGCUGGAGCCUAUCCCAGCUAUCAUCGGGCAGGAGGCGAGGUACACCCUGAACUGGUUGCCAGCCAAUCGCAGGGCACAGACAAACAAACAACCAUUCACACUCACAGCCACACCUAUGGGCAAGUUAGAGUCUUCAAUUAAUGCAUGUUUUUGGGAUGUGGGAGGAAACCGGAGUGCCCGGAGAAAACCCACACAGGCACGGGGAGAACAUGCAAACUCCACACAGGCGGGGCCGGGGAUUGAACCCGGGUCCUCAGAACUGUGAGGCUGACGCUCUAACCAGUCGUUCACCGUGCUGCCUCAUAUUAUUAUAUAUACACAAAUUAAUGGAUAAUUACUUUUGAAAUCAAAAGCCAGUAAAAACUGUGGGGUUGGUAAAAACUAAAUGAUUGCAAUAUCGCAAUAUUUUUAAAAGUUAACCCAAUUUGGAAUUUUGGUAUUUUAGCAAGAAACACAAAGUCGAUGCACACUCUCGCGGGCAACAUAAAAGGACGUGACGGGCCGGAUCUGGCCACCAGUUUGACACCUGUGCUGUAUUGAAUUCAACUUCUUUAUUAUGCCGAUUAUAUAGCUUUUAGUUUUCCAUUAAACUGUUUCUAGUUUUUCA